AUGGACUCAGCAGAAGAGCGGCCCACGCUGCAGGAGACGCUAAACUUACUGCAUCAAGCAUCUAGAACAACUGCAAAGCAGCGGACCGUCAAGGUCUCCAGCAUAGUCGAUGUCAUCUGCCGUUACGCCUCGGAAGAUGGCCUUGACCAGGAUGCUCUGCGAGACAUAGUGCAGCUCGCGUCGGUGAAGACCCUGCUAGACCAAACCACCAUCACGACUUUGAUCAAGAACUUGUACCCGUCUCAAAAGGUUCCAGGCGAUGUUGUCAUUACUAUUGUUGGUGCGCUUGGGCAGGGCAAGGGCAAGCCUUCGCCCGGUACACAAGACAGUCUUGUGAAAUGGCUCAUCGCAAUCCAUGAAGUCGUGGAAGAUUCGAGCGUCUUGUCCCGACUAUAUGGUGUGCUGUUCGGCAUGCUCGACAUGAUCAGUAUCAGACUAGAGCUGUCUCGCGGCCUCGGCAACGAGCCUGCGCUCCAAGGUCUCCUCCGUGUCUACAAGGAUUACUAUCCCGAUAUAAUACUCGGGAGCACUUCCACAAGCCGGAAGUCGUUCGCUCCGCGACCUGAUGCCGAAUGGCAAGCCAAGAUCGUUGCCAUCCAAGAGGCUAGUGUGGCGGAAGACGACUCGAAUGUAGACGGGCAGAACGGUUUCAAGGUGCUACGAAGAAGACUCAAGGGCAGCAAAGGAUCGGCGAUUCCGGACGUGCAUACCUACCAUGCGACCGAGAGCUCAGCAACCCUUGAGGGCAUUGAUAGUGUGGACGAUUUUGUGGAGAAGCUCGACAGGAUAGAGCCACCGGGCCAGCUGAUAGCGCUCCUCGUGGACCCGUUGCUACAGAAGUACAUCGAUCUGAAGCCAUCACCAAUCACAGCCAGUCGAUUAAGAAAUUGGCUUGCGACGUGCCUGGAAGAGCAGUUUGAGGAGUACCGGCAAGGCACUGGAAACGAGCAGUACCUAUCUGAAGUUCUCGAUGGGCUUUUGAGGUACGCUCAGUACACGAAGGCAAGGUUUGAAGACGCCCACACGACCUACCUGUCCCCUGUCGAACGAGCUCUAGCAACCCAUGGCAUUACUGCAUACACAAAGCUCGUCGACUUCUACACAGCUCUGCUGCAGCACCAAAUAACCCAGACAGCGUCCGGAGCUGCCGACCAAAGAGAUACUCAACAGGAAGUCUUAAGCGACCUAGUCGAGCAUGUAGCCACCUUAUUCACCUCCGCUCUUGUCUCCAUCCCACCAGGUUCCAGCACCACCCUCACAUCAUCCAUCCUCUCGUUUUACGAACUCCUCAGCACCUCCUCGAAACCACACAUCAUCCCCAUCCAUCUCCCGCCAAUGCAUCUCGUCUACCUCCUCUCCCAGGACGCUUCCCCAACAACACUUGCCCGCAUCUGCGGCAUCAUCGGCUCCUACAAGCUAGCUUUCGAUGCGCAUCCCAAGCCGGUCAAAACAUACUACCCCGCAGAAGUUACCGAUGCAUUCAAUUGGUGUCUGCGCGAUAUGUACAAUCUGGUGUGGGUCUCUCGUGGCCUUCUUGUUCAAGAUCAGAAGAGCAAGGGGUUGUACUGCGAUACGAUACUGAGGGGUACACUUAACGAGUAUCUACGGAGAGUGGAUCGUGGAUACACUAUCGGGGCUGCGUUCACGUUGUCGUACAACGUGUGGUUGGCUUCGCUCUCUGCCGCGGCGUGGCGUGCGGUCGAGAAGAGGGAGGUUGGGAAUGUGGGUGAGAAGAAUGUCACACGGUAUCACGACGGGCCUGUCACGGAAAAGAGUCUGGAGGUUCUCAAGAGUAAAGGUGGCGUGGACGUGGAUUGGGAAGGUGCAAACGGGUACAAGGUCAUGGUGCUGCAAUGGCUCACUGAGAGGGGCUUGGGUGGGAUUAGAGAUUUAAUGUUCGCUACCGUCAUCAACUUGAAGGGUACGGCCUGA